AUGGCUCUAGCGCCACGCUUUGCUGAUAUCUUUACAGCAACAUUGUCGCGGGAGUCUUGCGCACUGCUUCAGGUGGAUGUGUCUGCCAGAUAUGGGAGCUUGGAAGCUCCACAGUCAUGGUGGCGGUGGGUUGUUCUGAGCAUCAAUGAACAUGUAAGUCGUUUGGCCACGAUUUUAGCUGGGAAGUACGGGCACUUCGAUCUUGUCGCCGUGGAGUUUUCGAUCCUGGCAUUGGGCUUUGCUCUCCUUGUCGGCCUGCUCGACUUUGGCCAGAUCGUUGGGGUGUCUUGUCUGCCACAGUCAGGCAAAAUAGCCAUCAGGGCAUCGCAAGCCGUCUUCGUGGCCAGUGGAUUUCUGGUCUCAGUUACCGCCACGGCGAUUCUUACCGUGUCGAUCCCUCUGGGCUCUGCUCUAGGCUAUGGCGCCGCCUCUACCGGCUUCAUGGUCAGUUCAGUGCAGGUUGGAGGGCUGGUAGCCAACCUCACUCUUCAGUAUAUUCUCCCGGAGAAAGUGCAGACGGGCGCCGACUUCGCUGCGACGCGCCGGUAUGUGUCUCUGAGCUUAUUCCUCAGUGCUCUCUCGCUUUUGGGCUUCGUGCUGGCGGUAUGUUCACCUCUUCGGGAUUCGCCAAGGCUGCUUUGGAACAGUCUGCUUGCUCUACGGUUCCUGUCAGGAUAUUUCGGGAGCACGGCACAGCUGGUGGCAAGUUGGUUGGCGCUUGAACUGACGCCCAAAAACGAGGUCUUAAAUCUACAAGCUGCGAGUCAAGCUGCCAGAAACCUGGGCUUGUUCUUUGGGGUGACGAUGUCAUCGAUCUCGCUGAUCGUCUUCCAGCAGAAGCUAGGUGCGAAGGUCGAAGAGCUAGGCCCCUGGCUCUGCGCGGCAUCUCCAAUCAUGUUCCAGACGGGGGCUGUGUUGCUUGUAUGGCUUCUCAUGGUGCUGGUGGUUCCCCGAAACCGUCCAUCAGGCCAUGAUGGGGAAAUGGCGAUCGAAAGCAGCAGUGCUGAAACAGCAAGCAACAGCUUGGAUGGCAUGGAGGUCACUCAGCGACGCCAGCUCAUUUUGCUCGCUGUCGCGUACAGCUUCGAAAGGUCGUUCACCAUCACAGCGAUUGAGAGUGGAACUUCAUUGAUUUCUCAGAGCCAGUACGGCAUCACAAUCGUCACAACUGGAUGGAUUUUCGGUUUGAUUUCGAUUGGCGCAUUCUGCCUCAAUGCCGUCGUUGCAUGGUGUUCGGCGUCCGAUGUUAACGGACGCGCAUCUUUCAUGGUAGCUGGAACAUUUCUCAGUGUGUUCAUGUCUUUCGGCAUAUUCUCCUGGUGGCCGUGGUGGGUUAUCUUUGUUACCGACACCGUGAUGUUCACAUUUUGUAAUACGGCUAAUGGUAUCGCGGAUGGUCUGGGAACACUGGCAACCAGCAACGACAGUGUCUAUACCAAGGGCAGGUUCAUGCAGUGGAAGAUGAUGGCCAUGCAACUUGGUCGAGUUGUUGGUGCCCCCAUGGCACGCGGCAUCAUUGAUUCUCUUGGACGCAAUGCUUAUGGUUCCCUUCAGCUUCUGGUGACUCUCUGCGGCUUCCUGGGGACGUACAAGAUGCAGCGGAUCGUUCGCGAUCGAUGUCCACACGCCCCCUCGAAAUGA